AAAAAAAAAAAGGGGGCUAAUUCUGCUCGUGCGCUAAAGCUAACCACCAUUGCGCUCACAACAUACCCGGGCUAUCCAAGCUAUCUCCAAAAGGCUAGGUGGAGAUAGGCUCCCAGAACAACAACAACAACACAGCUGCCGCGGCCCCCCCUUCGCUCGUCCCCGCUUUGCCGCUGAUGCGCCUCGGCGUACGGGGGGGAGCCGAUCCGCGCAGCCCGCUCCCACCAACACCAACACCAACAGCACCACCGUUCAUGUUGUUCACGUUGGGACUAUAAUAGCGUGCACACCGGGAGCUGCCGCCGCCGCCGCCGCCGCUGCUGCUGCUGCGUUAUCGCGGGGGGCACAACAACCACAACAAACGACGCCGAGAAGGAAAAAAGAAUCGGAUCUUUCGAAUGGUCGUAAACGAGUGAGGUGGAGAUGCGGUGCCAGCGCCGGACCGGGUCGGACCGGCACCAGCGACGGAGCUAAGAGGCACGGAGAGGUCAGAUUGCAAGGGACCGUUGGAGAGGCACCGUCACGUGACCCCCGGUACCAAAUGGUCUUCCGGGAGUGGCGCACAGCAAGGACCGGAGCAGCACACGCAGUCGCCCCUCCCCGCCUCCUCACCCUCUCCUCCUCUUCCUCGCCGCCCUCCUCCUCCUCCUCGUCCUCGCCAUGCAGAAGACCUCCUACUACGACAACCCCUCCACGCUGUUCGGGGGCGGGUACGCGUCCUACCAGGUGCCCGGCGGGAGCGGAGGGGGCGUGGCAACGGGCCCGGCCAACGGCUACGUGGGCGGGUACGACGGGCCGGUGCCGGGGGCGGUCUCGCAUCACCCGGCCAGCUUCCAGUCCGGCAACGGCGCCCAUCUGGAGGCGGAGUCUUACCAGCGCGCCGCCUGCUCACUCCAAGCGCUAGGGGGCGGUAGCGGGCACCAGGCGCUGGCCAAGAGCAAGGAGCUGAACGGGAGCUGCAUGGGCGCGCAGGUCUCGCCGCCGAUACCCGCGAACACGACGAGUAACAGCGGUGGCACGCAGCAGCAGGGGGGCGCCACGGGUACGGCGAAGGCGGGGGCGGGGGCGGCGUCCGCGAAAGCGACGUCGAAUUCCAGCUCGUCCACGGCCUCCUCCACCUCGUCCUCGUCCUCGUCGCUGCCCCCGAACCCGGCCUUAGCCAAGCAGAUCUUCCCCUGGAUGAAGGAGUGCAGGCAGACCACCAAGCAGAAGAACGGGUCGCCCACGAGCACGGCGGCGAACGCCUCUGCAGCAGCUGUGGGAGACAGUGCCAGUCCUGGAGAGAAGAGCCCCACAGGAGGUUCUUCUGCCUCGUCCAAGCGGGCGAGGACGGCCUACACCAGCGCUCAGCUGGUGGAGCUGGAGAAGGAGUUCCACUUUAACCGCUACCUGUGCCGGCCGCGCCGCGUGGAGAUGGCCAACCUGCUCAACCUGUCCGAGCGCCAGAUCAAGAUCUGGUUCCAGAACCGCCGCAUGAAGUACAAGAAGGACCAGAAGUCCAAGGGCCUGAGCUCCAGCUCCGGGGGCCCGUCCCCCACGGGCUCUCCCCCCCUCACCAUGCAGUCCACCGCGGGCUUCCUCAACUCCAUGCACCCCAUGGGCGGCGGGGGCUACGACGCGCCCUCUCCCCCCUCCUUCAGCAAGCACCAGGGAGUGUCCUACUCCAUGUCCACUGCCUACUCCAACGUCCCCAUGAAGGGCUGUCCCCCCCAGCAGAAGUACGGAGCUCCGGACCCCGACUACGACCCUCACCCCCACCACGCGCUAGUACAGACCAACAGCGGCGGCUACGGCACGCCCAACAACAUGCAGGCCAGCCCCGUGUACGUGCAGGGAGGGGGAUACGUACAGGAGCCCAUGGGGGGGUCCGGGGCCUCUAUGUACGGUCUGAACCACCUGGGCCCCACGCCCCCCCUCCACCAGACCAUGGACUAUAACGGAGCAGGGCCAAUGGCCAACCAGCACCACGUGGGCGGGGCCUGUGACCCCCCCACACACCCCACCUACACCGAGCUGUCGGCGCACCACUCCUCUCAGGGCAGAAUCCAGGAAGCACCCAAGCUCACGCACCUGUAGCAGGUUUGACCCACCUGUACCACACAGACUCUGUCAGACUGUAGCAGCGCAGAGACAGAGAGGGGCCACAGGGGGCGCUGUGCACUGAGGGGCUGUAAACACUGCCACCACGGCCCACACUGGCACAAGCUCCGCCCACAUGUGGAGGUCUGUAACGCCAGGCGAUACCAGUCUGCUACUGCCCGUCUAGAAUCUCCUCACUCCAGUCCUUCAGGUCCAGCAGGUCCUCAGGUCUGACCUGAGCACAGAGGCUCCUGGGGGCGUUGAGGCGUGGGGGGGGGGCACAUCAGUGCUCCUCUGCUCCCGUCUCUCCGCUUUCCCAGGGCAAAAACCUCAUCACAUCUCCUUAGUCGACAAAAGCACAGAACAGCUCCGCUCCGACCAACCGGCUUUAGAUGUUUAGGAUAGAUUUAAUUAUAAGCUCCAGACCAGGCCCCGCCCCCUCCUCCACCCAUCCUCCUUUUCCCUCCCUCCUCCUCCUCCUCUUAAAUUACAUAGUUGAGAUUUUAAUGGCCACUUAACGAUGUGCUUAGAUUUACGAUGCCCACACGCGCCGCCGUCUCUCUCCUGCAGGCUGCACACUCUGUAGUCCAGCCCCCCUCCUCAGA